GCACUCUCUCUCUCUCUCUCUCUCUCAAACAUAAACACAGUUCUUCUCUCUCUCUCUCUGACGGAAUCCCACACGCUUUAUCUGGAGCACAACGGAAAAUCAACAAAAAAAAAAUGAGGAAAGACGAUCUAUACAUCACCGUACCAAGCUUCUUCCGAUGUCCUAUAUCCUUAGACGUCAUGAAAUCUCCGGUGAGUCUUUGCACCGGUGUGACCUACGACCGCGCUAGCAUCCAACGGUGGCUCGACGGCGGGAACAACACGUGUCCGGCGACGAUGCAGAUUCUUCAGAACAAGGAUUUCAUACCUAACCGGACUCUUCAGCGUCUCAUUGAGAUUUGGUCGGACUCUGUUCGUAGGCGCGCUAGUGUCGAAUCGGCGGAGUUAGCUGCUCCGACGAGAGACGAGAUCGCCGAUGCGAUCGAUAGAGUGAAGGUGGAGAAGGAAGAGAGGUUCGACCGCGAGGUUUUGGCCAAGAUUCUCCGGUUCGCUAGAGAGUCCGACGAUAACAGAGGCUUCCUCGCCGGGAAAGAUGAUUUCGUGAGGCUUCUCGUGGAUCUCAUGAGCCAGAUAGAUUUCAAAACCACCUCCGCUGCUAAAUUGCUCAUUGUUCAAGAGGCGGUGAAGAUUCUGAGCAUGAUUCAAUCCAAAAUCUCAGAUCGGAGACGGUUUUCGAAUCUGGUUUUAAAUAACGGUCGAGAUCGGUUAACGACGAUCGUCUAUUUUUACAAAACCGGGAAUGUUGAAUUGAAGAUUGAUUGCGCCGGUUUACUUGAAUUCAUCGCGGUCGACUCCGAGUCAAAGGUGUCAAUCGCCGAGAGAGACUGUUUAGUAGUCGAGCUAAUGAAAUCAAUUAGCAGAGACUCCGAUUCGAGCUUAAUCGAAGCAACGUUAUCAUGCUUGAUCGCGAUCAGCUCACCGAGACGUGUGAAGCUCAAUCUAAUCAGAGAGAAGCUCAUCAAGGAUCUCACGAAGCUGUUAACGGAUCCAACGACGGCGAGCGUUUCGGUGACGGAGAAAUGUUUGAAGCUUCUCGAGAGUUUAGCAUCCACCAAGGAAGGCAGAUCGGAAAUCUGCGGCGGAGACGGAGAGUGUUUGAAGACGGUGGUUAUGAAGCUGAUGAAAGUAUCGACGGCGGCAACGGAGCACGCCGUGACGGUGCUUUGGAGCGUCUCUUAUCUUUUCAAAGAAGAGAAGGCGCUUGAAGCGGUUACGAGUACUAACGGCGUUACGAAGAUUCUGUUACUGUUACAGAGCAAUUGCUCUCCCGCCGUGAGGCGGAUGUUAACGGAUCUUCUUAAGGUCUUCAAGGUGAAUUCAAGAUCUUGCCUUUCGGCUUACGACACCAAAACGACACAUAUUAUGCCGUUUUAAUUCAAUUCGUUUUACUCGCUAGGGUUCAUAGAAUUUGAUUUUGUGAGGAUACAUUAUUGAGGGAGAGAGUGGAAAAAAAGCAUCAAAUUGUAAACAUUUUGAAUUUUUGAAUAGUGAAUAUAAACUCAAAAAAAAAAGAUUCAAUUCAUUGCUCAUCGAAUGGGUAGUCAAUAAUUCUCUUA